CUCCAUGCAGCGCACUGGCCCCAGUCCCAGAUCUAAUAUAUAAAAACGUCAAGUAUUUUAUUGAGUUAUGAAGUGAAGAUGAAAGGCAAGGCCACACUAGAACACGUGAGGUACUUGGGAGCCGGGCAGGCUGACAGCUGAGGGGAAAUACUGCUAAUUUCAUUGGAGGGUUGACUUUUAUGAAGAGGUCCAUUCUUGGCACAGUCACUGUACACUGGACCCAUGAAUAUUUUGUUAAAAUAGAAACUAAAUAAUCUGUCAUUCUUAAGUAGAUUCACUGGAACAGUGGGAAACUAGUAUUGAAGUCUUAAGAAAUUGCAACACAAUACAGUAAAGAUGAUUCGCCGAGGACGUCCCCGGUCUAAGAGCCACACCCGCACCACAGACAGGAACUCUGAGCCAGAUGAACGAGGGUUUCAUUCACCAGAGCAGGACAUUAAGCUCCUGGAGGCGAGAAUGCAUGAAGUGUUACAGCAGCUGGCUGAGGAGAAGCAGAUCAGCAGAAGAGAGCGCCAUCACAUUGCCAGUCUGGAGAGAGAGCUGGCCAAAUACAAGGAAGACAGUGAGAUGAACACAGAGCUGUUGAAGGACUUGGAGUAUGAGAGGAUGCAUAGGAUUCGAGCUGAGGACAAGCUGGAAGUGAUGCGGGUUGAGAAUGAUACUUGUAAAGCAAGAUUAAUAGCACUACAGGAUGAAUUUAAACAGAUGGAGAACAUGGUGAGGAACCUGCUGGAGUACAAGAACAAGAUGGAUCAGAUAAAGCAGGAGAAGGAGAGCGUUGCAGCCAAUUAUAAGAAUGAGGCCCAGAAGCUGCAGAACAGUGUGAGGUUUCUGGAACAAGAAAAUAAAACACUGAAGAGCAAAGUGCAACUAUAUGAACUACAGACUGGAGUGAGACUGGACGACUUUGACAAGUCCAGGUUACUGCUGGAGCGGCUGAAGAAGAUGGAGGUGGAGAACUCCCAGCUGGUCCUGGAGAAUGAGCAACAACGUAUGCAGUAUGAGAAGUGUCUGGACGAGAUAGCAGGACAGGUGGUGCAGGCACUUCUUAUGCAAAAGAGUCUAAGGUCAGAGUGUAUGAACCUGCAGGGCAGAGUGCAGGAUUUGGAGCAGCAGAACAGAUAUCUCAGUGCUAUGGUUAGUGACAAAGUGCGCUUUGCUUCAGACUCCAUGUUACAGUCUGUACCUAGUGGCAGGAAGUGGAAGUUUAAAAAUGCCUCUGGACAACCUAUGAAGAACGCCAGUUACCAGAGCUUGCCAAUUCAGUCUGGGAUGCCAAAGGGAAACAUGAGCAGGUCUCAUGACAGCGUCAAGUCUGCCCCAAACAAUGCUAAUGACUGGACCUCAGAGAUGGGAAUGUAUGACAUGAAUGGUAUGCCAGAGUUGAGUGUCCCCCCACCCUGGCUGCGGGAUAAACUAAAUGGACUGCAGUCAGAUGCUGGCCAGGAGGAGAAACCACAGGAGGCUAUGCAGACACGUGUGGAAACAGAGUUCCCAGCCAAUAAUGGCAGUCCCAAGAUGAAACGUGUUGGACUGGGCGCCAACAACAAGAAUACCAAUAUACAAUGGUGGAUGCAUCGUUCCUCUGAAAGUGUUAGGCCACCUGGUGGUUUGUACAGAAAUCACAGCAGAUCAUAUUCAGCCUCAGAGGUCCCCACUAGAGACUAUCCUGAUGAGAGAUCAGUCAGUCCCAGGUCUGACACCCUGAAGCCAUACAUGUCUAAGACUGGAAGCCAUAACAAUACUGUGUCAGUGAAAAACAAUUUAGAGGCUGGCAAACGAGAUUCUUUGACUGUUGGUUUGGCUGAUUAUGAGGCCUACUCAAAGGCUAUUUUAAAUGGGGACCAUUCUGCCCUGACAGUCAAGAGUACUGGUGAAGCCAAACCAAGAACCUAUGCAGGUACACCACAAGUGGAGAAGCUGAGUUUUCCCACCAGAGCAGGAGCCAAUGUUAACAUCCUACAGAACAUGAUGAGUGCAAUGUCCAGAGAGGGCUCCCCUUCCAGACCAAAUACACUACAGAUAGGCAAGACAAAUAACAACAUGAAGACACUAGAACAGUACCUUGAAGAACCAGACACACCAACACCCAUAUUGACCAAAAUUCAAGCUGCAAAAGCCAAAAGCAAUUUGAUGAAAGACACCAACUCUUCCUCCUCAUCUUCCUCCUCUGGGUCCAAUGGAUAUGCAACAUUCUCGGAGAUAACACCGUCUCCAAAUCAGGAAAUUCAAGCCAAGUUUUCUGUAGGAAAGUUACAAGAAAAGAAGCAUACUUCUGUGACAGAAAAAUCUUCAGGUGGAUCAGCAACAGCAGCAGAGCAGAAAAGAAAUGGGGAGAGAAUGCUUUCAGCCCCUGGGUCUCCUGCCAGCAGUCAGAUGAGCCACUCUGCUGAGAAUGUGUUUAGGCCAGGAAACAAGGAGGGAAAUGCAUUUAGGCCUGGGAACAGGGAUGAGGGGUAUUCAUCCAUGUCCAGUGAAGCAUUGUCAGAGAAAAUGCAGCAGGAUAAAGAAUCUGCCUUAAGGUUACAGGCCAACAAAGAGAGCAGACAAGUAGAGAAUGGCAGACGAGAUGCAUCUCUUGUACAGCCUCAGUCACAAUCACAAGCAGCAAAGCCCAAACAUGACCUCCACAGUGAGGCUGGGAUGCACACAACUUUUGACCCACAGAGAGGUGAUGUGCUGCCCAAUCAACUCCAACACCAAAAGUGCAAUAAUGUAGAACUUCAUUCAUCUAACUCUAGCAUUGAAAGUGCCUCUUUAGGGAAGGUUAAAGACAUACGCAAGUUCUUUGAAUCAUCGAAGAAACAACAGAGCAGGGAAAGUCCACCUACUUUGGCUGGGGAAAAAUUGCACAACCUACAAAGUAAAAAUCACUGUCCAGAUAUCAGGACUGAACCAGCACGUAAGACACACUAUCCACCAUCAAGUGCUGGCGAAAGAGACACAUCCUCCUUGGCUUACCACAUACAAGCUGCAGAUGCCAACAUGAGCCACCAGGUUUAUAAUCCAAAGCAAAAAGGCCCUGUUAAUGACCCCUCUAGCUCUGUUGGCAAGAUGAAAAUGACAACGAAAGACAAGUGCAAUAUCCCUACUAGCAGACAAGAGGUUCUUCCAGAUAAAGCACUGCACCAAGGCCCAGAGGAACCAGACCUGAACACUUCCAUGGCAGAGUUUGGGGAGGAAUGGUUGGACAUGUGCAAUGAGCAGCACGGGGCUGAAGACACUGCCUCACAAGUUUUUACCAGUGAAGAUGUUUUUUUAAAUGAAAACAUGGCCCUGGACAUUGAAAAUAAGUUUCGCAAUGAUUUUUACAGCCUCUGUCAUGCAAGUUCAGAUGGAGACAAGGUGACCUCCAAAAAAUACUGCGGUGGGUCACAAAGCUUGCCAAGCCCACGAUCUGGCGGGGAGAGUAUGGCUGGGUUCAAUGACUCUUUCGCCACAGACAAGGACUGUGGAGAAGAAUUUGGUGAGAUUUCGAAACAGAUUGAAGAUUUAUCCAAGACUGUGGAUGACCUUCAGAAGAGUUUAUCCAGUCUCAGUGAUGCAGAUGCAGAUGUCUCUUCCCCAGCUAGUGUCAAGAUGGUUCCAGAGAAAGACUCUGGCCAGAGAGACCCCCCUAGACUGCUGGCUGAGAUGUGCUGGAACAGAUCAUGGACAAAGCAAGAACCUCAAGGGAAAGCUCAUUCAGUGGAUUUAACUAACCCAGAGGAGCGGGCCAACCUUCUUGAUGCUUUGGUGGGGAAUGUCACCACCAGUGACAGUGAAGUUGAAAAGUCUGGUCAGAAGAAAGACAAAAAGAUGAAAAAGAAGAAUGGGCACCCUAAAGUUGUUAGAAGUUUGGUCAAGAGGCGUCCAUCAUUAGACAGGAAUUUCUUUGUUCGCUGUGGCACAGAGGAGGAGACUGCACUGGCACAGUUCAAUUUCCUCCAAGAGAUUGGCAGUCCAGAAGGUAGAAGACGACCCUUGCCACAGGCCAUGGACAAUCCUGAAGAAAGGGGACAGCAGAUGUUUCAUGGCAGUCCAGAAGGUAGGAGGUGCCCCAUACCACAGCCUGUGGACAAUCCUGAAGAUAGGGGGCAGCAGGUGUGUCAGGAUUCUGGGGACCCUGAGAAAGGCAAUCAAACUGUGUCACAGAAUCUGCCAGACUCCCUACAAGCAGUGGAAUCAGAGCUUACGCAAAACAACAGAUAUUCUGCUAUCACUUACAUUGAAACAGAAGCUGAUACGCUUUCUCUGAGUGAUUCAUGUUGUGAAAGCUUUUCUUCAUCGUGUGUGAGUAUCAAUGAUGCCACAGAGCUAUAAUUAGGUUGCAUGUAGACAGUAAAGACAAUGCUGUGAGCAGUAAAUGUGUGGUAUUGUUAGCAUUUCAAGCAGGUGACAGAGCAAUAUGCAGAAUCUUUUGCACCAUUGCGGACAAAAUAAAGGGUCAAUGCCUGACUGUCCAUGGUAAUGCAAGGCUGAAAAACAAUGAAAGUGAUCUCUAAAAAACUAUACCAUUUAAUGAGAGUCACAAUACAAACACCAACUGUAAUGCAAGGUUCUAAGAAGUACAAGGAUCAACAGUACAAGAAAAGUGAGCAGUUCAGAAUUUCUGGCUUCCACAAAAUAAUAAGCAAAUCAUUGAAAAUCAGUGGUACCACAGUAUAAUUAAUUUUUUUAAUAUACAUACACAUUAAUAUAUUUAAUUUAGAAGUGUCUUACUGAUGAAUGAAAGAAAUACCAGCACCACAACAUUCAUGUUGAUAGAGGCAAUAGAGCAUGUGAGAAACCAAAAGAACUGAAACUAUGCAUGUUUACAUGCAAAAGUGUCCAUAUGGAUAAAAGUUAGAACUGGAAAUUUUAAAUAUUUUUGCUUUAUUGUAAUAUUUUUAUACAAUGAUUAAUAAGCACACCAGGUGUCCUGUUUAUUUAUUCACAAAGUAUGCCUUAAGUAUUUGGUAAAUGAAAACUUUUAUAAACUUUUACUUAGACAUUUCUUGCUGUUUACCUCUGGAGAGGUUUGAGAUAUAGUUUGGUAUUAAAGCAAGACUUGAUGUCUCUAUGCUUUUUACUACAAUUAUUUAUGCUACGUGGGCAGUAUUCCCAUUUGAUUUUAUUACAUGCUUUAUAAGCAAUUUUAUUUAGUAAUAUGUAUUUUAUGCAUGCUGUGUCACAAAAAAUCACCACAUUUAAUGUCAAUUGUUUAUUUUUUCAUUAUACCACCUGUAGUUCAGAAAGAAUGCAGUAAAAUGUUAUCAGUGACCAAUAACCAGGCUUCUAUCAUUAUUUGAAAGAGUCAUCUUUAUUCAUAUUUAGAGGAGAAAUAGAUUCUAAUUCUUUUCCUUACUUCAUAUCUCAAUUUCUCCAAAAAUUACUUAUUUUUAAUGAAUUUUUUAUGAUUUUGCCCCAUAUAUUUAAAUCCUUGGCCAAAUGGUUUUGGGUAUCGAUACUAUAGAACUGUGAGUAAACCAUUAAUUGAUCCUCCACACUCUCAAACUUCAGUCAGCCUCUUGUUAUUACACAAUACAUUUUCUGAUUUCUGUCAUGGAUAAAUCUGCCAAACAUUCUGAAAUGUGGGGCUUUGAUUUGUGAUAAGUGAAGCUGAGUGUUUUAUACAGUCUCUGCUAUGGAUGUUGGAUCUUUGGAUCCAUUUGAAUUUUAUUUAUUUAUUUAUUUUAGAUUGUAAGGCAAGUCAAAAGAAACUUUUUCAACUUGUUCAUUCUUCAGGCCUGCCCGUAGCCAGCAAUUUCAAAGAGAGGAUUGUUUGGAAAAAGUGGACCUUUAAACAUGAAACCUCUGUAAACUUAAAAAAGAAGGAUAUCUGAGAGCUCACAAAAUGCCCUAUCCUUUCCAGGCAUGAGCUUUCUUAAAAAUACUAGUACUGAGAUGCAAUACAAAAGCUGUUGAAUCAAAACCUUCAAAUACGAGGUAACAUGGGUAGGUAGCACAAGACGAAAUUGCAUUAAUAUGUAGUCUCUAAAAAAUUAGGUUUGGGCAUGUAGUGUUUUUGUUUUUCCACCCUUUGUUUUGAUGCUUGCAGGAAGAGAAGAUUAUUCCGUUUGGAAAAUUUAUUUUGUAAUUUUAUCAUUUCCACUAUUACUGCAGAUUCUUUGCAUAUACAUAAUACAGCCAAAAUAUUUCAUCUUAUUGAAUGUAAAUAUUUAGCAGACCUAACAGUCUGCAACAGAAAUACAAGAUAGGAUCUACAACCUAAAGACCUGCUUGGUUGUGCCGUAGAUAAUUUGAACUCCAUUAAUAGAGUAUUUAACGAGUGCCAGUGUUUCGACACUAUUGUUCACUUUGCAAAGUGACAAUAUAAGCAAGAACACCUGGGCGUCUCUUCAUUUUCUCCUGCUAACAAUAUUCAAAUGGUAUCUUUUGACAUGUUAAAUAAUAAGAAAAGUGAGCUGCAAUUACUAGGAGGUAUGAAAGCAUAUUCACAUGGCUCUCAGAGUUUUCUAAAAGAUGGACUGAGAAAAUUAAUGAUAAAAAUAUGCACGACUGUAAGCAAUCAUUGGAAUGUACAUUGUCUGAGAAAAUACCACACAAUGAUAUAUAAUAAUUAUUUGCCAAUAAGAUAAUGCAUUUUAAAUAGUUCUUUUGUAUUUUAAGAAACUAUUACAUAAUUCUCUGUUGCGUAUUGAACCUUUUGCUAUCUUGAAAAAUCUGCAAAUUCAGCAUCAUAACACGAUAAAUUAAUUAAAAUUUUCAUACAGUUCAACCACUGUUAUUGUUAUUUCUUCAUUAAAAAAAAAAAAAAA